UGUGGCUUGCUUUGGUCCCCGGAUGUAGUAGUUGGAUUCUGAAACCUCUCUAUUUUUUACUGUCAGCUUCUAAUAGCGUCUCCUGGCUGCAGUUCCGUAUCCGGGUUUUCACCCCAGUCUGUCCUCAGCAUGGCUGCGGUCUAUCGCAGCUCGGGGCUAGCAGCCUGUACGCUGCGGGCGUUGGGAGCGUGUCCUUGGAAGACGUCGGUGGCGGCUGCAGCUUGCUCUGAGGCUUCUCGACAAAAACAUACCACAUCCAAAGCACAGAGGAAAAAUGUUGCAGCCUCGGGAACUGAAAAGUACACGGAGGCUUUUAUUAAAAAACAGAUUGACGAGUUCAACAUUGGAAAGAGACAUUUAGCCAACAUGAUGGGAGAGGAUCCAGAGACGUUUACCCAAGGGGACAUUGAUAAAGCCAUUGCUUACCUCUUCCCAUCUGGAUUGUUUGACAAGAAAGCAAGACCUCUUAUGAAGCAUCCUGAUGAGAUUUUUCCAAAGCAACUGGCAAUUCAAUGGGGAGAAGAUAAGCGGCCGUUCCACUUUCUAUUUUACACUGGCAAGCAGGAGUUUUACUCAUUAAUGCAUGAAGCUUAUGGGAAGUUUCUGUCAGUUCGUGCUUAUGACGAUGAGCUUCGGAGUAAAGGCUUAGACUCAGACAGUGAAAAACCAAAGAUAAACCUGUCUGGCAGAAGAUGGUUGAUUAAGGAAGAAUUGGAGAACUUGUUAGUAGAAGAAAUGUGUGACCAAGAUUACCUAUAUUUUAUACAAAUGAUGGAACGCUUGGUGAGCCAGCCGCACAGCAACAUCGUGGAGGAUUUUGUCCUGAAAUAUUGCAAGACGCUUGAAGUCCAGUCCAAGAAGCAUGUGGCUAGUCCUCUGCAGUAUGAUGAGCAUGGAAUAGCCUUCAGCACAGGGAAAGGCUGGAGGAAAACUGCAGAGGCGACUGUUGUAGUACGGGAAAAAGGAACAGGGAAAAUCGUCAUAAAUGGAGAGGAUUAUUUGGAUUAUUUAUCAGUACUUCAAGACAGAGAGCAGCUUAUGUUCCCAUUUCAGUUCCUUGACAGACUUCUGAUGCAUGAUGUAGAAUGUACUGUUACUGGCGGUGGAAGAUCGUCACAAGCUGGGGCCAUCCGUCUGGCCGUAUCAAGGGCACUUCUCAGUUUUAUCUCUGAGAAUGAGAUAGAGGCUAUGAGGCAAGCUGGACUGCUCACUGCAGAUCCACGUAGGAAGGAACGGAAGAAACCUGGCCAGGAGGGUGCCCGCAGGAAGUUUACAUGGAAGAAACGAUAACUUGUGUAUUCUGGAAGUGCAGCUGUGGCAGCAGGAGGAUCUUUGCUGCAUUGUUGCUUCAUUGUGGUUUUUAUUUUAUAAUAAAAUGUAAAUUGUUUUA